UCUCUCUCUCUCUCUCUGUUGUUCUGUUCUGGUCAGCAGUGAAUCAGGUUGUUUGGACUCGACUCAUCUUAUUUCAUUUAUAAUCUGUCAGAGUUUGAGAGUCUCAAAUCCACCUGUCGUUUUCGCCUCCACAGCUGAUUUUUACAAACUUUCUUCUUUGGCAUCAGGACUAACAGUAUUCUCUGUCGUUCCCGUGAGUUUGAUCGGCGGGACAUGAGCGUUCCUCUGCUGAAGGUCGGUGCGGUUUUGAGCACCAUGAUCCUGGUCACUAACUGGAUGUCCCAGAAGCUGCCGGCACUGGUGGGACUCGAUCAACACUUCGCACGACCCGGAACCUCGGAGAAGAUCAUCAGCGUGUCGUAUCCCGGUGAGGACGAGGGCUGGCAGGUGUACGGCUCCGUGCGGGGCAAGUGCGUCUGCUCCAUCAUGACUCCUGCUCAGGGCGCCUGCAGCGGAGACCCUCGACACUGCCGUCUGCAGCAGCUCUUCGAUCACGUGCUGAACGUCUCUCAGUACAUGGAGCUCCUGAACCAGCGCACGGCUCAAGAUCUUCAGCAGCUGAGAGACUCGGAGACGCUGCUGGACGCGCUGGAGACCAGAUUAAAAACAGCCCAUGACGAUCCUCACAGCGUGACCACCAAGAGCCUGCAGGAGCUGCGCUGGAGCGUGUCUCAGUGUCGCCCCCUGCGGGCGCUGCUGGGUCGGUUGCGGGCGGAUGCGGGGCAGCUGGAGUCUCUGAAGGAGGAGCUGGAGAAGCUCAAGCACUCUCUGUCCGUCCUGCAGGAACACUUCACUCUCCAUCACUAUCAGCGUCUGCAGCAGCGCGCGUCAGUCCUGCAGCAGCACCUGCACACCUGCUCCAGCCAGCUGGGUUGUGGCAGGUUGACGGGUAUCAGCGCUCCGCUCACCGUCAGAUCUUCAGGCUCACGCUUCGGAUCAUGGAUGAUGGACACUGUGAUUGACAGCUCAGACAAUCGUGUGUGGGUGAUGGAUGGGUAUUUGAAGGGCAGGCGUCUGGUGGAGUAUCAGUCGCUCGGUGACUUCGCUAGCGGACAGAACUUUAUCAUCCAUCAUCUUCCUCACCCGUGGGCAGGUACGGGUCAUGUGGUGUAUAAUGGCUCUCUGUACUAUAACAAACACCACAGUAACGUGUUGGUCCGCUAUCACCUGGCGUCCGGCGGCGUGCAGCAGCAGCGGUCGCUCCACCAGGCCGGAUUCAACAACACCUUCCCGUACUCGUGGGGCGGCUCGUCCGACAUCGACCUCAUGGCCGACGAGAUGGGCCUCUGGGCCGUCUACACCUCUAUCGCCCACGGCGGGAACAUGGUGCUCAGCCGCCUCCAUCCCGACACCCUGGAGGUGGAGCACUCCUGGGACACGGGCUUCCCCAAGCGCAGCGCCGGCGAGUCCUUCCUGAUCUGCGGGACGCUUUACGUCACCAACUCACACCUGGCCGGCGCUAAAGUCCACUACACCUUCCACACGGCCACGGCGUCGUACGAGUACACGGACAUCCCCUUCCAUAACCAGUACUCGCACAUCUCCAUGCUGGACUACAACCCGCGCACGAGGGCGCUGUACACCUGGAACAACGGACACCAGGUGCUGUACGACCUCACGCUGCUGCACUUCAUCAGGACGGCCGACGACGCCUGGGACGCUGAAACACCAGACACUGAUUAACUUCACAGACACGGAGAGAGAUCAUGUGUUUCCCGGCACUGAUGUGACUGAUGAUUCUGCAUGACUGAUGCAUGUGAAGCCUGGCCAACGUCUUAUUGAUCUUUUUUCCUCUGCUAAAAAAGAAAGAAGUGGGAAAAUGCAUCUUCAAUUUCUGAAAGGUCCAUUGUGGGGGGAAGAAAACUAGCAAAUGUUAUGACUCCUGUAUGUUCAUGUCUGUAAAAAUCAAACAAAUUAAAAAAAAUACAUGAA